GCUGGUCAUGUCUGCUUCCUCGCAGAGAAAAGAAACGAGGGUGUGAGAGAGAAAGAGAGAGAGAGAGAGGGAGAAAGAGAAAAGAAAAAAAACAGAAACAGAGGAGGGGGCUAGGCUGAAGAAUCUUUCUGGUAGUCUUUCUGAGGGAUUGGAGGAGCCUCUUGCUGAAUGAGAGAAUUACACAACAGACUGGGAGAGGGAGAGAGAGGAAGAGAGAGAGAGAGAGGGAGCAUGCUCAGCACAGCAGGCUGAGGACAGAUGCCUUGGAGACAGCAGACGAACGAGGGCUGGACUCCUUUCUUCAGCGCGCUGAGCUGAGCUGUGUGUGUGUGCCUGAGCGAGCAGCCACUCCCAGCUGAGACACACACACACACACACACACAUCCACGCUGGGGAGGCUGUGUGUUUUUUCCUCUGUGUUGGAGCUGUGAGGACCGUGGCAGAGGAGCAGCGUGGGAGACGCUCCUUCAUCUCUCUCUCUCUCUCUCUCUCUCUCUCUUUCUCCGCCUGCACCCAGCGCUGCUACGUGGAGCCUUGCCUUCCCUUUUUUCCUCCUCAUUCACUCUGUUCUGCUCUCCCCUCUCCACGGAUACUCCCACCCGGCUGACGGCUGAGGAGGGUGGAGAGGAGGUGGGGGGGCACGGUAGGGGGGCUCUGGCGGUGAUGAUUCUGAGCCUGGACCACAACAAACCUCCAGGGCAGGGCAGGACAGGAGCGGCAUGGGAGGCUAGCAGGACGCACAGCCAUGGGAGCCAAACAAAUGAAAUGCUUAAGCGCAUCCAGUCCCACUCAUGCUCCUAAGGAGGAGUACAUCAUCGCACGCUCCGAGGAGCUGGAGACCGCCACUGACCAGCCGACUGCAGAGUUGCACAGCAGAAAAGAGGAUGUAGAGAAGUCCUGCACGCCAGGGCCCCACCGUGACACUGAGCAUGCUGGGACAGUGGAGGACUCCUCCUGGGAGGACCAGCUGUUUGCCCAGCAGGAGCAGCUGGAGAAGGAGAUGCAGGAGACUAGGAGGAUGGUCACUCGACUGCAGGCGCUGCUUCUGCACGGUUCGCUCCCCGAGGAUGAGCAGGGCGUCCCCCUGGGCUUCGGAGAGACCUGCACCAACGCCGAACAGCAGAUGAUAUUAAUCCGCAGUCGGCUCGACCAGAGCGUGGAGGAGGCUCUGGACCUUAAGAGGGAACUCAUGCGGUACAAACAGGAGGCCCGCAACCUUCAGGCAGUCAAGGAUGCCAUGCAGCAGCGUAUGUCUGCUCAGGAGGACUCUGUCCUGCAGCUGAAGCAAGAGCUACUCAGGUCCAGCAUGGCCAGAGAGGAGCUGGCUGGACAGAAUGUGGAGCUGCAGAGGAAGCUGGGUGAUCGCAACAAACUCCUGACUGAAUAUAAAAAGGAGAUGGGUCAGAAGGACAAACUGUUGCAACAGCAGCAGCACAAACUGGAUGAGGCCGUGAGGAAAGCCAACGCCAGCCACAGGCUGUCGGGAUGUGAAAAUAAUGGAUACAGUCACAUGAUGGAGGGUCCACCACCUCCCUACCAACACAGAACAGCUGAUGAACUUCAGCUGGUGCGUGAUGCUCUGCGUAGCCUGAGGAACAGCUUUGGGGGUCAUGACCCCCAGCACCACACUCUGGACACUCUGGAGCAGGGCAUCGGUAGCCUCAUGGAGAGACUUCACACACACGAUACACGGCAGGACAAGAAGGGCCCCAGCAAGUCUCCAGGGAGGAGAGCCAACCACACCGACCGGGAAUCGUGGCCGCCUAGCGCCAAGAUGGCGCAUUCCCACAGCAGUCCAGUGCUCAGUGCAUCUGUGUCCACUAAAGUCCUCUACUUCACCGACCGUUCCCUAACGCCCUUCCUCAUCAACAUCCCCAAGAAGUUGGGGGAGUUGACCCUGCGGGACUUCAAGGCCGCUGUUGACAGACAUGGCAACUUCAGGUACCACUUCAAAGCUUUAGACCCGGAGUUUGGCACGGUGAAGGAGGAGGUGUUCCAGGAAGAUGCCAUCAUCCCGGGUUGGGAGGGGAAGAUUGUGGCGUGGAUCGAGGAGGACCACAGUGACACCAGACUGAACUGAAGGAGGAGUGUGAGCCGUGAGUGUGUGAGUGUGUCUGUGUGUGUGCACCAUUCCCCUCGUCAUGAGAGGACAUCCAGAGGCUCACAGGACCAAUGGACUCUGAGAUUACAGACACAGAGGAUGCCUGAUGUGGAGACAGGGGAGACAGAAAAGGAUCUGUGAUGUGUACAGUGGUGAUGGAGAAGGAUCUGUGAUGUGUGUACAGUGGCGACAAAUAAAGGUCUGUGACAUAUAGACUGUGGCAAUGGAGAAGGAUCUGUGACGUGCGCACUAUGGCGAUGGAGAAGGAUCUGUGAUGUGCGCACUGUUGCGAUGGAGAAGGAUCUGUGAUGUGCGCACUGUUGCGAUGGAGAAGGAUCUGUGAUGUGCGCACUGUUGCGAUGGAGAAGGAUCUGUGACGUGCGAACUAUGGCGAUGGAGAAGGAUCUGUGAUGUGCGUAGUGUGGUGAUGGAGAAGGAUCUGUGACGUGCGAACUAUGGCGAUGGAGAAGGAUCUGUGAUGUGCGCACUAUGGUGAUGGAGAUGGAUCUGUGAUGUGCGUAGUGUGGUGAUGGAGAAGGAUCUGUACCAUGCUGAUGUAACCUGUGUUAAUAUCUCUUCAUGAAAACAUUCCCUAACACACUGUGCACCUCCCAGAACACCUAAACAUGUGAUUCAUUUACCAGAGUGGGGGUGGGGAGGGGGUUGCGUGUGUAUGUGUGUGUGUGUGUGUGUGAGAGAGAGAGAGAGAGAGAGAGAGAGAGAGAGAGAGAGAAAAGAGAGAAGGUUAAACAAGGAUGUUGUUUAUAUGUUGUUUAUGCCGACCUGUAAAUACUCUUUGCCUGUGUUGACAUAAUUGUCUGCUUCAACAUUGUGAAUGUCACUGUUUGAUAAAUGAUUGUUACCCUGGCAACCACUCAGCACCUCAUUCCCCUGCACCCUUUAUCAUGUCUGAAGCAGCAGUGUGUCCAGAGAUUCUGCCUGUUGUUGCUGAAUUAUGGACCAGGAGGGGGCGGUGUUCUGUCACAAAUGUACACUAUUUAUUGGAACUCUGUCAUUUCUAGGAUUUCACACAUGUCUGGUUUGUAAUAGAGACAGAUGGGGCCAAUGUUUGUAACAUUUGUUACUGUCUGAGAAUAAAAAAGUAUGGAUAUAUAGAAAAAUAA